AUAGAAGAUCCACCCGUCUAUUUCCAGUUCCACCACUGUGAACCACAUGAUACGGUACAAGUUGUACUAAUCUGAAUCAAAAACUUGACUAGCCACACACUAGUCAUAGCUGUCUUCAGUCUACAGUACAUUCGAUUCCGUUCUGAUCCAUCCCGUGUAGUAGUAGUAGUAAACAAAUAUAGCCGCCACCCCCGUUAUAAAUAGCCGGCCGGCGACGCCAACCCCGGCCUGCUCCUGCUUGUCUUUCCUUUCUCCCUCCCCUUCGAGCCACCAACCCGGGAUGCAGCCCACUACGCGGGAAAUGCAGGCCAUGGCCGCCGCCGGCCAGCAGAUCUCCCUCGACGACCUCCGCGCGGCAGCAGGCGGCGUGCACGACGACUUCCUGGACCAGAUGCUCGGAGGCCUGCCGCCGUCGGCAUGGCCGGAGCUGUCGUCCGCGGCGGGAGGGAAGGCGCCGGAUGGCGGCGCGCAGGCGGAGCAGAUGCAGCACCAGCCGCAGCACUUGGGUGGGGGUGGGGGCCUGUACGACGACUCCGCCUUGCUGGCGUCGCGGCUCCGGCAGCACCAAAUCAGCGGCGGCGGCGGCGGGGAGGCCGUGAAGCAGAUGGUGCUGCAGCAGCUGGCCGAUCUGAGGCAGGAACACCAUGUGUUGCUGCAGGGCAUGGGCCGCUCGACCUCGACGGGCGGCAGCAGAGACGGCGGCCUGCUCCUCCCGCUCUCUCUCGGCAGUGGCGGAUCGGGCGGCGACGUGCAGGCGCUACUCAAAGCUGUAGCCGACUCCGCCGGAGGAGAAGCCGCAGGCGUCUUCGGCGGUUCCUUCGCCGGAUCGCUCCACCACCACCAGCAGCAGCAGCAGCAUUUUCAAUCACAUCCGCAGCAGCAAACGGCGCCGUUGCCGGGGCAGGGCUUCGGUGGAGGCGCGGGCGCGUCCGGCGGCGUGUCGCAGCCGCAGGCCGGCGCUGCGUGCGGAGGCGCCGCCGCGCCGCCCAGGCAGCGGGUACGGGCUCGGCGCGGCCAGGCCACCGACCCCCACAGCAUCGCGGAGCGGCUCCGGAGAGAGAGGAUCGCGGAGAGGAUGAAGGCGCUUCAGGAGCUGGUGCCCAACGCCAACAAGACGGACAAGGCGUCGAUGCUGGACGAGAUCGUCGACUACGUCAAGUUCCUUCAGCUCCAAGUCAAGGUGCUGAGCAUGAGCCGGCUAGGUGGUGCCGCUGCCGUCGCGCCGCUGGUGGCCGACAUGUCCUCGGAGGGUCGAGGCGGCGUGGCGGUCGCGGCCGGGAGCGAUGAUGGGCUGGCGGUGACGGAGCAGCAGGUGGCGAAGCUGAUGGAGGAGGACAUGGGCACCGCCAUGCAGUACCUGCAAGGGAAGGGCCUGUGCCUCAUGCCGGUCUCCCUCGCCUCCGCCAUAUCCUCCGCGACGUGCCACAUGCGACCUCCGGUGGGAGGACCGGGCCUCGGGGUCGCCGCCGCCGCCGCGCACCACAUGGCCGCUAUGCGGUUGCCGCCCCACGCCAUGAACGGCGGCGCCGGAGCCGGAGCCGACGCCGUGCCGGCCUCACCCAGCAUGUCCGUGCUCACGGCGCAGUCGGCCAUGGCGCCCAACGGCGCCGGGGGUGGGACUGAUGGCGAGGGCUCGCACUCGCAGCAGCAGCAGCGGCAUCAUCCCAAGGACGCCGCGUCCGUGUCGAAGCCGUGAUCCGCUCGUGAACGUGAAGGCAACGGCCGCCGUGACACUAACGGCGCAACCAUGACAUGACACUCGGAGCUGACAAAGUGGGCUCUUUGGCGGGCCCACCCACGGGCUCUCGGCACUGCAGCUGGCCCUCCGACCUUCCCCCUUUUCGCAUUUUAUUCCCAGUGUAACCAUUGUUUUUUUUUCCUUGUUUAAUAUUAAUCCCAUGUAUUAUCGAUUCGCAAAUGCAAGGCUGGUUCUCCUCUGCUUGCUUUGCGCCAGCUUUACCCUCUCUUUUCCCGCCAUCCGCAUCAACCUUUUUCUGUUGCUGCCCUCGCUUUGGCCACGGCCCGCUGCCAGAUUUGUCCUUUGCGGUUGGACGGGGAAUUUGGUCUCCCAGCUUCGGCUGCUGACCCAAUUUUAUUAUGUUUUUUAUAUUCUCCCCCGUGUAUCUUGCUAUAUCUUGUGUACUCUCGGCCCCACCGGUGAAGAACAAAAUGUGCUGGCU